GGAGUAUGGGUGGAAAAAUUAUAAAGAAUUGCUGGUUGUGGAAAAAUGUCUUCAGUGCCUGAUGGCAAGAAAUUGGUCCGAAGCCCAAGUGGACUUCGAAUGGUCCCGGAGAAUGGAGCGUUUAACAGCCCUUUUUCGUUAGGUGAACCUCAGUGGGUCCCAGACAAAGAGUGCCCAAGCUGUAUGCAGUGCAACAAAAAAUUUGACUUCCUUACAAGAAAGCACCACUGCCGGCGGUGUGGCCGGUGUUUCUGUGAUAAGUGCUGCAGUAAGAAGGUGGCUCUGUCACGGAUGUGCUUUGUCGACCCGGUCCGGCAGUGUGGAGCGUGCAGCCGGGUCUCCCAGAAGGAAAUGGAUUUCUAUGACAAACAGCUCAAAGUGCUUAUGGGAGGUGGUACAUUUAUUGUCACUUUGGGCACCUCAGAGAAGUCUGAGACCAUGAUGUGUCGUCUCUCCAACAACCACAGGUAUCUCUUCUUAGAUGGUGAGAGCCAUUUUGAGGUGGAGCUGUCUUGGAUCUCCAGUAUGCAGGUGUUGACAGAGGAGUCCACCCCUGAAGAGAAUGAUGUUUACACUUACACCAGUCUGCUGGACAGUCAGUAUAUAUCUGAAGGGGGAAACUGCAGGGCCAGUGGCAUGUUGCUCCACUACAAACCAAUGGGCUCUCAGGACCCCCAGCAGCUACGCAUGGAGGCAGCAGAGGACAAGAAAACCGCCUCCUCAUGGCUUGCUGCCAUGCACAAGGGUGCCAAACUGCUGUAUGAAGCUCGGGACCAGUGACUGAUUGCUAAGAUGACUAGAGAGUGAGAGAUGGCACAGACCAAGUGUUUUCCUUCUUACCCUUAAGUCUCACAUUAUCUCUAAAUGCUGACAGUGCAUUUUAGUCACACUUCACUUGAACUAUUUGGCCAAUAACCCAUCUAAUGCUGCCACCUAUGUAAUGCAAUCAUAGACAUAAAACACUUGGCAUAACCCUUUCCCUUCACCACCAUUCAUGUGACAAAUGACCUUAAAAGCAUUAUGUAGGGUCUGUGACACAUAGUUCAAGUGAAGUUUCUUUGUACAUUCUGUCUAUACUCUGCUUUCGGUGCUGUCAGAUUAUUCACUGAUUAGUGAAAUAUACAUGUAUGUAUACACACAGUUUAUGAAAUGCUUUAAAUGUAAUCCCAUGCAUUGGAUUUUUGUAUAAACUAUUUUGUUAAAUAUUCAUAUUUUAACACAAAAUGCUGUUUAUGUACUUUGUACUGCUAAAGUAUUUAGUUUUUGUAACACUUGUAUCAAAAACAUUUUCUUACACUACAAGAGGACUUAAACAUUUAGUUCUCAUGUUGGCUGGCUUUGCUUAUAAAUGAAUUGCACAUGCACAACCCCAACAAACUAGCCCAUUAAUAUAAGGGUAGAAUAUGAAGUGUAAUGCAACACUUUCUUACUUUUCAGUUUUGUUGGCUUAUAUCCAACUUUUAUUAUGCUUCACGUACCAAACAAAUGUUGCUGCAUGAUGCAGCAGUAUUUGCGAUGGCUAGACUAAAUUAUUUCUGUUAUCUACAUUGUGUUAACUCAAGUUGAAAUUGGGAGUUUUGCACUAGAUGGCAUUGUAAAAUUGAUACAUUCCGCAGUUAUGAAGUACCACUGCACUUUAUGGUCUCCCUUUUUCCUGACCUAAUAGUAAUUAUAUUACAGUUUCUAAUUGUAUGUGUCAAUGUCCUCUUUUUGAUUGUUUUAACUCAAUAAAUGAAAGUGUUUUUAA